AUGGACUUCUCAUACAAUUCUGACGGCAACAUAUAUGUCCUCGUCGCCUGUCACAAUGCCGAUGCACCUGACUUGGUCGCCAUUGGCGGUGAUCAUUCACUAGAAGUUCUCCUCGUGGGACCUUCUUCAUGUCGUUCAGUGGCAUUGUUCCACAUUGGAACGCGAUUAACUGCAGUGGCUUGGUCUCCUCGCUCCGUGUCACCAUCUUCGAGUGAAGAAUGGGUUAUAGAACUUGCUGUUUCUGGAGCAGACUACGGGCUUCAUUUCCUCACCAAGACCGCGUCGCAAACAGAAGAUGUAUUCCAUUUCGGCGGAGGGCUAAGUGGUCAUCAUGGCAAAGUCAAUGAUAUGACAUUCUGCGGAGGAAUGGGUGCGGAGUCGUCGCGUUAUGUGGCCACUGUUUCAGAUGAUAAAAUGUUAAUGGUUUGGGAUCUUACUCCCCACGAUACGGACACUCGGAUCGACCCUCCUGAUUCCCGUCCCCAGCCAACUGUUUAUGCAAUGGCCUAUUCCCAUCCAUUGACAUCCAUUGACUCCCACCCAAGUACGACGAAGGAGUUACUUGUAGCUGACUGUCGUGGCUCGAUAUAUAUCGUUGAUUGGCGCUCCGACCCAGGCGCAUCCGAGCAGAUAUCCUGGCGAAGCUCUAGUGUAUUAGAACUCACAGAUCCUCACGCGCUUUCUGAGGCUUCAGUUGGACUCUCUCUCAAACUUUCUGGUUCUGUGGCGUGGCGUCGAGAUUCUCCUGACAUCAUUGGAUCCGUUUAUGGUUCUAAAUUUUCUUUAUGGGAUCUUGCUCAUUUACAGGGUGGGAAGCCGUAUGCUACAAAUAGCAGUUUCGCACAAGGUGGCCAAAGAUUCCGUUGGUGUCCAACAUAUCCUGAAUAUUUUGCCAUAUCCACACAAUCCCCGUUGAAAGGUGCCAUAAUACAUGUUUACAGCACGAACUAUAUUUACGCCCAACCUACCGUGUUUAACGUAUCAUCGAGACCGCAAUUCGUGCGGGACUUCGAUUUUCUUGCCACUCGCGGAAUCCCGAGACUAGCAGUGGCAGUUGGACGUUCUGUUGUGAUUUUUCCGAUUGGUGUCGAACCAUAG